AUGCGUUCAUACGAGUUCAGUUCAUUCAAGUCAAGUUCUUCUGAAGAAACUAUUACAAUAGUAGAGGAAUUUGAGGAAUCUGAUUCAGAUUAUAUACUAUGCAAAGGGUCUAUUGGCCCCAAAAAGAAGAUUCACAAAGUGAACUCAGGAAAAGAUUUAGAUAAUAUAGAUGUUAAAGUAAAAUUUCUUUGUGGAUUAUCACCUGACAAUGAAAAGCGUGUGAAUAAGUUUGGUGUUAAAAAACCUUUAACUGAAAUAUUUGAAUACCUAGUUAAGUCUUCUACCAAUCUGAAUAUUAUAAAUUUACCGGAACUAUUAGAGCGGAUUCUAUAUUUCUUAGUGAAAUACAUUGAAUUAAAGGGGAAUGAUUUGAAAUAUGGUCAUUAUUUCCCAGAUGAUUAUACUUAUCAUGAGAGAGAUC